AUGACGAACGAAGAUAGAAUUGGUUCUUUACAUGAAGAGGCUCAAGAAUGGAAACAAUAUGGACCAGAACACCAGCUUCUUCAUCAAGAUACAAGUAGAAGAAGAAUGCAACUUCCAAAGCAAGUUUGCGAUGACAAUAGCCAUGCUCAGAUACAAAAUAUGCGUCCUGACCGGCAGUGGAUGUAUCAAAGGAGAACAAGAGGAUUAAUUGAUCCAAAUUUUAUAGAUGGCGUAAAUUCAUUUGUGGAGUUUGCUAAGGCUCACUCGAAUUGUCUUGAUGGUUAUUUGAUGAGAUGUCCAUGCAACCAUAAGAAAUGUCGGAAUCGGAAUUUAUUGGAUGAAGAUACUAUUAAAGCACACAUUGCUAAGUAUGGAUUUGUGGAGAAUUAUGAAACCUGGAUCCAUCAUGGUGAAAGUGAUGAUGGUAUUAUUUUUAGAGGACAUGUAGUGGGAGAGGUGUUUGAGCAAUUUGUUGAGGAUGAGAAUUUGUCCGCAUUUGGGACAAUGAUUCAUGAUGUUGUAGGGCCUUCAUUUCAAUCAAAUGAUAUUGAAGACAACCCGACCCCAGCAAUUCAACAUAUUUAUGACUUGUUAAGAGCAGAACAACAAGAAUUAUGGCCUAAUAAUCCUAAUAGAAUAUCAAAAUUAUCUGUUGUUGCUCGCUUAAUGAAUUUGAAGGCAGAACAUCAUUUUUCUGAAAGAUUAUAUGAUGACUUUUGCCAAUUGAUGAAAGAAUGCGUCCCAAGUAAUAAUGUUAUGGUUGAUGGAUUCUAUGAAACGAAGCAGUUAGUUAGAGGCUUGGGGUUACCGGUUGAGCAGAUUGAUUGUUGUAAAAGAGCAUGUAUGUUGUAUUGGGGUGAAGACAGAGAAUUGAUAAGUUGCAAAUUAUGUGGCCAUGAUAGGUACAAGAGAGGUAGAACUAAUUUUGGUAGCCGAAAAACAAUGGUACCAUAUAAGAAAAUGUUCUACUUCCCUUUGACCCCUCGUCUUCAAAGGUUAUAUGCAUCUAAUGCUACUGCUAAGCACAUGAGAUGCCAUUGUGAACAUGAAAUGGAAAAAGAUGGUGUAAUGCGGCAUUGCUCAGAUUCUCCUGCAUGGAAACACUUUGAUAAAAUGCACCCAUCAUUUGCAUCAGAAUGUAGGAAUGUCAGAUUGGGUUUAUGCACAGAUGGAUUCCAACCAUUCAGGCAAUCUGGUCAACAAUACUCAUCAUGGCCGGUGAUAGUCACACCAUACAAUUUACCACCAUGGAUGUGCAUGAAAGAUGAGUACAUGUUCCUCUCUAUAAUUGUUCCGGGUCAAGCAAAUACUAAGGACAAAUUAGAUGAGAUUGGUGUGGAGACUUAUGAUGUCGCGAGCAAACAAAAUUUUAGGAUGAGAGCUGCAUUGAUGUGGACAAUCAGUGAUUUCCCAGCUUAUUCAAUGUUGUCUGGCUGGAGUACAACGGGGAAACUAGCAUGCCCAUAUUGCAUGGAAGAUUCAUAUGCUUUCAUUCUGACAAAAGAUGGAAGGAAUAAGAAGUGGUUCCUAAAGGGAAAAUUAGUAAAGAAAGCUACACCUCAAGUGAAAUCUGGCGAUCAAAUACUUGAAGAAAUUGAGAGCUUUGGGCUUCAAAAGAUCACAGAAAUAAAUGGAGAGGAAAUAAAUUAUGAUAUUAAAAAGCAUUGUAACAAAUGUGGAUGGAAGAAAAGAAGUAUAUUUUGGGAUUUGCCUUAUUGGAAGACAAUCCUCAUUAGGUACAACUUGGAUGUAAUGCACAUUGAGAAGAACUGCUUUGAUAACAUUUUUAACACUGUGAUGAAUGUGUCUGGAAAAUUAAAAGACAAUGCGAAAUCCAGAGAAGAUUUGAAGGUAUUUUGUGAUAGGCCUGAGUUACAUAUGGAUGAAAGAACAAAGAGGUUUCCAAAGGCAUGUUACAUUCUUGAUAGAAAACAAAAAGAAGAAUUAUGCAAUUGGUUGAAGGAGCUUAAAUUCCCAGAUGGAUAUGUCUCAAAUAUGGGUAGAUGUGUGGACCAGCGUAGAUUGAAAUUGUUUGGCAUGAAAAGCUAUGAUUGUCAUGUUUUCAUGCAACGAUUAAUACCCAUUGCAUUUCGAGAGCUACUACCACAGAAUGUAUUGGAAGGAUUAACAGAGUUGAGCAUUUUUUUUAAAGAUCUCACUGCUAGAGUCAUUAAAGAUAAGUAUAUGCAAAGAUUGGAAUGGGAAAUCCCAAUUAUUUUGUGUAAGCUUGAGAGAAUAUUUCCUCCAAGCUUCUUUGAUUGCAUGGAACAUCUCCCAGUUCACUUAGCCUAUGAAGCAAGAAUUGCUGGACCGGUAUAA